AUGGCCUCAACUCCUUCCACACCGAACCUCAGAGAACAAAUUGAGGCAACAGCUCGGGCCUUCUUAUCAGCAUUCGAAGAAGGCGCAGCUCAGAGCAACGCUUCCAUUAUCAAUCGCGACGUCACAGCCGACUGCACACGUCACCUACUUCCCGCAUCCGUACCCAAAGCUUUCGGUCUUGCAACGGACUCGUACUUCGACACGACAAGUUUUCAGGACCUCUUCGGGAAUGACAUCAAAGUAUUGUUGUUCAAGGAUAACAUCAUGUCGAAUUUGAUCAUCGACACGGAGGCGCGCCGCGCCGCUUUUACAGCUAAAGCCGAUGUUGGAGAGACGUACCCUUUUGCGGGUGCUUGGUUCUUGUACUUUAAUGAGGAUGGAUCUAAGAUCAAAAAGGUGGUUGAGUUCUGCGAGAAAGACGCCAUCUUGAAGAUGGCAAGCGAUGUGGCUGCUGCCUAA